AUGUCCAAGGACGAACUUGCAAUCAAUGCAUACCUGCACUUGGUCAACUGGGUGUACUAUGCUUCCCAGCGUAAAGGACAUCAUUGGUGUGAUGAUGAUUACGUCUUCCCAGCGUUGAACAACAUUAGCAAAAAGGUGCUGAAGACAAACGACACAGCAACAGGUUAUAAAAAGGUGGGCGUAGGCUGGGGAAAGAAGAUGUCCGAGCAAGUUUUCAACAACCUGCUCAACUGCAUCGUUCGUGGCCUUAACAGAGAUGGUAAAGAGAUCCCUGGCUACGUUUCCAAGCACUGGACCAACAGUUGGUUUAAGUCGCACACAUUUCGUCGUGCCGGCGCCUAA